AUGGCUGACCUAGCUGUGAGUCCCGAGCAUCCCAAGCACCCAGAUCCCUGCAGUGGGGUGCAGUGCCGAAGGGGGUACCAGUGCAUUGACAAGAAUGGAGAGCCAGAUUGCAUCCCUGACUUUCGAACCUGCAACUCAGUGUACUGCAAAGAAGGGACUACUUGCAAUAUUGUACACGGCUGGCCCAGGUGCGUCCCCAACCUGCUGUCCUGCCAUCACAUCAAAUGCAAACAGGGGACUGUGUGCAAACUUCAGAAUGGCUGGCCCAGCUGUGUCCCUGUGCCCUCCUGCCAGAACACCCACUGCAAGGAUGGGACCUUUUGCCAGAUGACAGACAGUGGGCCCAAAUGCAUCCCCGUACCAUCCUGCCAGAACACGCAUUGCAAGGAGGGGACAGUGUGCAAUAUCAUAGAUGGGUGGCCUAAAUGUGUUCCUGUGCCAUCCUGCCAGAACACCCAAUGCAAAAAAGGGACCAUGUGCCAGGUUGUAGAUGGCUGGCCCAAGUGUGUCCCUGUGCUAUCCUGCCAGAACACCCACUGCAAAAAGGGCACUGUGUGCAAAGAUAUAGAUGGCUGGCCUAAAUGUGUUCCAGUACCAUCCUGCCAGAACACCCAAUGCAAAAAGGGAACCAUGUGCCAGGUCGUAGACGGCUGGCCAAAGUGUGUCCCUGUGCCAUCCUGUCAGAACACCCACUGCAAGGAGGGGACCAUGUGCCAGGUCAUAGACGGCUGGCCCAAGUGCAUCCCUGUGCCAUCCUGCCAGAACACCCACUGCAAAAAGGGCACAGUGUGCAAAGAUACAGACGGCUGGCCCAAGUGUGUCCCUGUGCCAACCUGUCAGAACACCCACUGCAAAAAGGGCACAGUGUGCAAAGAUAUAGAUGGCUGGCCCAAGUGCAUCCCUGUGCCAUCCUGCCAGAACACCCACUGCAAAAAGGGCACAGUGUGCAAAGAUAUAGAUGGCUGGCCCAAGUGCAUCCCUGUGCCAACCUGCCAGAACACCCACUGCAAAAAGGGCACAGUGUGCAAAGAUAUAGACGGCUGGCCCAAGUGCAUCCCCGUGCCAUCCUGCCAGAACACCCACUGCAAAAAGGGCACAGUGUGCCACAUGAUAUAUGGCUGGCCCAAGUGCAUCCCUGUGCCAUCCUGCCAUGACACACUCUGCAAAGAGGGCACCGUGUGCCAGGUCAUGGAUGGCUGGCCCAAGUGUGUCCCUGUGCCAUCCUGCCAUAAUACUCAUUGCAAAAAGGGUACCAUGUGCCAAAUCAUAGAUGGAUGGCCCAAAUGCAUCCCCGUACCAUCCUGUCAGAACACCCACUGCAAAAAGGGGACCGUGUGCCAGGUUGUAGACGGCUGGCCCAAGUGCAUCCCUGUGCCAUCCUGCCAGAACACCCAUUGCAAAAAGGGCACAGUGUGCAAAGAUAUAGAUGGCUGGCCCAAGUGCAUCCCUUGCAUCUCCGUGCCAUCCUGCCAGAACACUCACUGCAAAAAGGGCACAGUGUGCAAAGAUAUAGAUGGCUGGCCCAAGUGUGUCCCUGUGCCAUCCUGCCAGAACACCCAAUGCAAAAAGGGCACUGCGUGCCAGAUCAUAGAAGGCUGGCCCAAGUGUGUCCCUGUGCCAUCCUGCCAGAACACCCAAUGCAAAAAGGGCACUGUGUGCCAGAUCAUAGACGGCUGGCCCAAGUGCAUCCCUGUGCCGUCCUGCCAGAACACCCACUGCAAAAAGGGCACUGUUUGCAAAGACAUAGACGGCUGGCCCAAGUGUGUCCCUGUGCCAUCCUGCCAGAACACCCAAUGCAAAAAGGGGACUGUGUGCAAAGAUAUAGAUGGCUGGCCCAAGUGUGUCCCUGUGCCAUCCUGCCAGAACACCCAAUGCAAAAAGGGGACAUUUUGCAUCAUAGUAGAUGGCUUGCCUAGGUGUGUCCCUGUGCCAUCCUGCCAGAACACCCAGUGCAAAAAGGGCACUGUAUGCCAGAUUAUAGAUGGCUGGCCCAAGUGUAUCCCUGUACCAUCCUGCCAGAACACCCACUGCAAAAAGGGCACUGUGUGCCAGAUCAUAGACGGCUGGCCCAAGUGUAUCCCUGUGCCAUCCUGCCAGAACACCCACUGCAAAAAGGGGACUUUUUGCAGCAUAGUAGAUGGCUGGCCCAACUGUGUCCCUGUGCCGUCUUGCCAGAACAUCCAGUGCAAAAAGGGAACCAGGUGCCAGAUCACAGAUGGCUGGCCCAAGUGUAUCCCUGUGCCAUCCUGCCAAAACACUCAUUGCAAAAAGGGGACUUUUUGCACCGUAGUAGAUGGCUCACCUAGGUGUGUCCCUGUGCCAUCCUGCCAGAACACACAGUGCAAAAAGGGCACAGUGUGCAAAGAUACAGAUGGCUGGCCCAAGUGUAUCCCUGUGCCAUCCUGCCAGAACACCCACUGCGAAAAGGGGACUUUUUGCAGCGUAGUAGAUGGCUCGCCUCGGUGUGUCACUAUGCCAUCCUGCCAGAACACACAGUGCAAAAAGGGCACUGUGUGCAAGGUUGAAGAUGGUUGGCCAAAAUGUGUCUCUGUACCAUCCUGCCAGAAUACCCACUGCAAAGAGGGGACCCUCUGCCAGGAGGAAGAUGGCUGGCCCAAGUGUGUCCCUGUGCCAUCCUGCCAGAACACCCACUGCAAAGAGGGGACUGUGUGCAAGCUUGACGAUGGUUGGCCUAAGUGUGUUCACAUCCCACCAUCCUGCAAAGAAAUCCAGUGCAAAGAAGGAACAGCAUGCAAGAUGGUAAACGGCUGGCCCAACUGCCUCCCUGUGCCAUCUUGUCAGAACACCCAUUGCAAAGAGGGCAUGGUGUGUGAGAUGCUUCAGGGCUGGCCCAUGUGUGUCUCCUCCCCGCCUUUAUCAUGUGCUGCCUUUUUGUGCCAAGAAGGGACCAUGUGCGAGAUGGGGAAAGAUGGCCCCAAGUGUGUUCCCGUGCCACCAUCCUGCCUGAAUUUCCAGUGCCCACCAGGGACUGUGUGCGAGAUCGUUCACGGCUGGCCCAAUUGUGUCCCAGUGCCAUCCUGCCAUCACUUCAAGUGCAAAGAAGGCACUGUAGCUGCCCCAUUGUCUCCGCCAUCUUGUGCUAAAACUGCCUGCAAACCGGGCACCGUGUGCCAGAUGGUGAAUGGCUGGCCCAAGUGCAUGCCAAAGAAACCCUCCUGUGAUGGCAUCCAAUGCAAACCAGAUACCGUGUGCCGGAUGCUGGACGGUUGGCCCAAGUGCGUGCAAAAGAAACCCUCCUGUGAGAACAUCCGUUGCAAACCAGAUACUUUAUGUCAGAUGGUGGACGGUUGGCCCCAGUGCGUGCCAAGGAAACCCUCCUGUGAUGGCAUCCAUUGCAAACUGGGUACUGUGUGCCGGAUGGUGGGCAACUGGCCCAAGUGCGUGCCAAAGAAACCCUCCUGUGACAGUGUGCAUUGCAAACCAGGCACCGUGUGCCAGAUGGUGGACACCUGGCCUCUGUGUUGUGUGCCAAAGAAACCCUCCUGUGAAACCAUCCUCUGCAAACCGGAUACCUUGUGUCAGAUGGUGGAUGGUUGGCCACAGUGUGUGCCAAGGAAACCCUCCUGUGCCAGCAUCCGUUGCAAACCAGGAACAGUGUGCCAGAUGGUGAAUGGAUGGCCCAAGUGCAUGCCAAAAAAACCCUCCUGUGAUGGUAUGUAUUGCAAACCGGGCACCUUGUGCCAGGUGGUGAAUGGCUGGCCCAAGUGCGUGCCAACCCACAAAUCCUGUGACACUGUCCAGUGCAGCAAAGGGAUGGUGUGCGAGGUGGCAGGUGGUUGGCCCCAGUGCGUUCCGGCAUCACGCUCCCAGCCCGUCUGCUGGGCCUCAGGCCACCCCCACUACCACACCUUCGACGGGCACAGCUACGACUUCCACGGCACCUGCAGCUACACUGUGGUCAAGACCUGCAGACAUAAGCCCAAGAUCCCUGCCUUCCACAUCAUCGCCAAGAGCCAGAAGCGCGACAACACACGGGUCUCCUUCGUCAGCCAGGUCACCGUCAAGACCUACCACUACAACAUUACCAUGGUCAAAUACGAGUACGGGCUCGCCAGGGUGAACGGCCAGCGGACCCGCCUGCCCGUCUCCCUGCACGAUGGGAAACUCUGGCUCCACCAACGGGGAGGCCAGCUGGUUGUGGAGGCCGAGUUCGGCCUGAAGGUCUACUACGACUGGAACUACUACCUGGUGGUCAAGGUCACCAAGGCCUUCCUGGGCCAGCUGUGUGGCCUGUGUGGCAAUUACAAUGGCGACCCCAGUGAUGACUUCCUCACCCCCUCGGGGCACCCCGCUGCCAAUGCCGUGGAGUUUGGCAAGAGCUGGAAGGUGGAGGAUGGUGACAGACAAUGCCGGCAUGGCUGCAAGGGAAAGUGCUGGGGCUGCUCGCCGGAGUUGGUGAGGCGCUACCGUGGAGAGGCCUACUGUGGUCUGAUCACCAAGACAGCCCAAAAUGGCCCCUUCCGGCAUUGCCAUGCCCUGAUCAACCCCAAAGCCUUCCUUGAUGACUGCGUGGCCGACCUCUGCACCUACGAUGGCUACAAGCAGAUCCUGUGCCGGGCGCUCAAGACUUACGUGGACGCCUGCCAGCGGGAGGGCGCCGUGGUGAAAGACUGGAGGAAGCAGGCUGGCUGCCCUCUGCCCUGCCCAGAAAACAGCCAGUACCAGCUCUGUGGCUCCGCCUGCCCUUCCACAUGUAACAACUUUGCAUCCCUGGACAAGUGCCGCUUGCCCUGCAUGGAGACCUGCCAGUGCAAGCAGGGCUACAUGCUGGACGGGGGUCAGUGCAUCCCCAAAGGGCGCUGUGGCUGCAUCCACAAGGGGCGUCUCUACGCCCCCGGAGAGCACUUCUGGGGGGAUAAGAAGUGCCAGCAGAAGUGCCAGUGCAACCUGCACAGCAGGAAGGUCACCUGCCAGCUCUCCCGGUGCCAGGAGGGUGAGGAGUGCCGGGUGACCAACGGCAUCCGGAGCUGCUACCCCACCCGCUACGGAACCUGCUCUGCCCUGGGGGAGUCACACUACAUCACCUUCGACGGGCUCCACUACGACUUCCGUGGCACUUGUGUCUACCUCCUGGCUGGCUUGUGCCACAAGAACUCCAGCCUGGUGAAGUUUCAGGUCCUGGUGCAGUACCAGAGAAAGGGCAGCCAGAGUGGCUCUGGCACCAAGGUGGUAGAGAUCCAGGUCUACGGAGUGAAGCUUGUCAUUAUCCACGGAAAAGUCCGGCUGAACGGCCUGCAGAUCAACCUCCCCUACAAUAUCGACUAUGACAAGAUCUCGGCCUAUCACCGGGGCUGGGACAUAGUAGUGAAGACAGCCUUUGGCCUAACCGUGACCUUUGAUGGCCAGAACCACAUCCGGGUGAAGGUGCCAGUCACCUAUGGCCGCACAGUGUGUGGCCUGUGUGGCAAUUUUGAUGGGGAAGAUGACAAUGACAUGACCAUGAGCAACCUGCUGCCGGCACCCACCCCAUCGGACUUUGGGAGGAGCUGGAAGGCCCGAGACAUCCCAGGCUGCAUGGAGAUGGAGAAAGAAGACUGCAUGGACAUAGCAAGGGUGGAGAAGCAGCACAGGAAGGGCAAGAAAGAGUGCGGGCUCCUCCUGAACAGAGAUGGCCCAUUCAAGAAGUGCCACAACAAGGUGAACCCAGAGGGGUACUUCAAAGACUGCAUCUUCGACCGCUGCUCCCACAAGGACAACCAGAGUGUAGUCUGCCACAUCCUCGCCUGCUAUGCUGCAGCCUGCCAAGCAGCUGGUGCCAAGAUCUAUGAGUGGAGGACCAAUAAAUUCUGCCGGCCACCCUGCCCCCAGAACAGCCACUACAAGAUGUGCUCCAGCAGCUGUCCGGCCACCUGCCGCAGUCUCUACGUCCCAACCCGCUGUCCCAGCAAGUGCCGGGAGGGCUGCGUGUGCAACGAAGGCUUUGUGCUGAGCGGUGAUCAGUGCGUCCCCCUCUCCCAGUGCGGCUGUGUCCACCGGGGCUUCUACUACAAGCCGGGCGAGACCUUCUACCCCAAUGGCUUCUGCAAGCAGAAGUGUUCAUGCCAGGCAGGAGGGAUUGUGGAAUGCCACCAUUUCUCCUGCAGCCCCAACGAGGAGUGCCGGGUAGUGGAUGGCAUCCAGAAGUGCCACCCAGUGGUGCCCAGGACUGGCACAUGCCAUGCUGCCGGUGACCCCCACUACCUGACCUUCGAUGGCUUCCCCUUCGAUUUUCAAGGCAACUGCACCUACGUCCUUGCCAAGAGCUGUGUCCGAAAGGGCUACCUGCCCUCCUUUGCAAUCCAUGUGAAGAAUGAACGGCUGGGCAGGAGCAAGGCUGCUGUCACCAACACUGUGUCCAUCAUUGUCUACAGACGCACAUUCACAUUGGUGCGGAACAGGAAUGGCGUUGUCCUGGUGGAUGGCAUCUCCUACUACGUUCCCUUCCAGCUGGAGAGCGGCUUGGUGCGUGUUUACUACCAUGGUGCCAAUGUGGUGUUGCACACAAAAUUUGGCCUGCACAUCUCCUUUGACCUGAACUACUAUUUGGCCAUCACUGUGCCCAAGAGCUACCGUAGACAGACCUGUGGCCUGUGUGGCAACUACAAUGGCAAACCACAUGACGAUCUCCUGCGGCCCAACGGCCACCUGGCCCGAGACCUGCGGGACUUGGGUGUCUCCUGGAGGGUGAAAGUCCCCGGGGCAGUGUGUGACCACGGCUGUGCCAGCCUGGUCUGCCCUGCCUGCCAGGAGUCCCGGAAGGCAAGCUAUGUCCACAAUAACUACUGCGGCAUCAUCCGGGCACCCUAUGGGCCCUUCAGCGCCUGCUACUCCACCCUCAACCCCACUGUCUUCUUCAACAACUGCGUGCACGACUUGUGUAAAGCUGGGGGGAACCGGCAGCUGAUGUGCAGGUCCAUCCACAGCUAUGUCACUGCCUGCCAGGCCGCUGGUGUCAAAAUCAAGCCCUGGAGGACCAAGAAGUUCUGCCCCAAGAACUGCCCAGCCAACAGCCAUUACAAACUCUGUGCCAACCCCUGCUCCAGCGGCUGCAAAGGGGUGGCCAACAUCACCAAGUGCCCCAAGAUCUGCGCUGAAGGGUGCCAGUGCAACAAAGGCUAUUUCUGGGCUGGCAACGAGUGCAUCUCCAUUCGGCACUGCCACUGCUUCCGCAAGGGCAGGUACUACAAGCCAGGUGAGAGGGUGCUCACACGACGGUGCCGGCAGCGGUGCAGGUGCAUCCCAAGAGGAGGGGUGGUGUGCCAGUCAUUCCAGUGCCCAGCGGGAGAGCUCUGCGAGCUGAGCCAAGGCCGAUGGGGUUGUGUGAGACGGGACGGGAACUGCACCAUCACCCGAGGUGACGUCUUCACCUCUUACGAUGGGGUCUCAGGGAAGGUGCCGCUGGAUGGCACCUAUGAGAUCUCCUCGCUCAUCGACACCAGGGCCGCCAGCUGGUUCCGGGUGGUGGUAGAGUUCCAGACCUGCAAAAAGUGCCGUGCACCCAGAGUCACAGCCGUCACCGUCUACUUUCACAAGCUCACCAUCCUGGUCAACCGCAAUGGCAGAGUCUUGGUGAAUGGGCAUCCUGUGAAGCUCCCGGCCAGGCCCUCCAGAGCCGUGUCAGUGAGUCGGGCAGGGAACGUGGUGACCGUGGCCCAGGGCUCGGCACUGCGGGUUCUCUUCAGCACCAGUGGGGAUGUAACGGUGAGAAUUGAUGGGAAGCUAGCCAGGAAGGUGCAAGCCGCCUGCGGGAACUACAACGGGAACAGCGCCGACGACCUGCGCCUGCCUGAUGGGACAGUCCUGGACAACAUCGGCGAGGUCCUCAGCUACUGGAGAUUCUCCGAGAACCCCCAGGAUGAUUACGACUGA